ACUAACCACUUUGCUUGGUGAGAUUCGUGUGUGAUAUUGGUGAACAUCUUAACAUCGUCUGCAAACACCUUUGCAUAUCGAUCGAUUACGUUUUAAAAACAUCGUUUGUAUUUUUUUCUCCCGCUUGGUGCGUGCUACACGAAAAUAUAUAAAAGCAAGACACAAAAAAAUUGUUGUUUGAUUUUUGUGGCGUUUGUUAUAGACGCUACUACACGUUUUUUGUAACAAGCAUCAAAAUAAUAUGCCAUCGGAGGUGGGCAGCGUAACGCUCAUCGUUUUGAUGAGUUUCGUCCUGUGCGUUGGUAGCAUGAACCAGAAGACUUCCGUAACAGAAUCCGACUACGUGCCACGUCAUCAUUUCAUUAUUGUUACGACUAGCAACAUCUCCGACGGUCUGAUGACCGUCUCCGGCCUUCAAUUAAUGCCCAUCUGGGCUUAUAAGGCAUCGGCCGCUUAUUUGUUUUUCAUUAGCGUUCUCGGAGUGAGUCUCAAUAUCAUCGUCAUCAUCGUACUUUUAAAUGAUCCAAAGAAAAUGACGCCCUUAAAUUGGAUGCUCCUUAACAUGGCUUGCGCUGAUGGCAUCAUCGCAGGCUUCGGUGCGCCCGUCUCUAUUGCCGCUGCCCUACAUUCAGGAUGGCCUUUCGGUAAAGAAUUAUGCACGGCCUACGCUAUGAUUACAUCGACAGCAGGUAUUGGAUCAAUUACAACGCUAUCGGCAUUGGCCAUUUUUCGAUGCAAACUGGUCGUUCAAAAACAUCUGCAUCCACCGAACCGAGUUAGCGCUUUUACUAAUCGUAGUGCCCGUCUUGGCCAUCGUCAAGCUGCUCUUCUUUUAACCAGCAUUUGGAUGUACGCAUUGGCCGUCACUUGCCCACCGUUGCUCGGCUGGGGCCAUUACGGCCGUGAAGCCGCCCACAUCAGCUGUUCAGUCAAUUGGGAAUUAAAGAUGGACGGCAAUCGGUCCUACAUUUUCUACAUGUUCACAAUGGGAUUAUUUCUUCCGAUGGUGGCCAUUAUCACCUCCUAUUCGAGCAUCUUACGCGUCGUGCGCAAAGUGAAACGAGAAAUCAAUCAGAGAGCUCGUAUGCAAAUUCGCGUUCAACCGCAAAAAGAGAAAAAUCGUCGAAGCGACGCGGCCGAAAAACGAUCGACUGUCAUGGUGGCCGUCAUGAUUGGUGCCUUCAUGGUAGCCUGGACACCCUACGCUAUAUUGGCCCUCGUUGAGGUGUUUAGCGGUAGACGUAACGAUAGCGUAACAAGCUCACCUGCUUUAGCAACUAUACCUUGCCUCUUUGCCAAAACAUCAGCUGUUCUCAACCCAAUUAUUUACGGGUUUUUAAACACUCAGUUUCGAAUGGCCUGGGAGAAAUUUUCGGUACGAUUUCUUGGGAGGCAAAGAGAUGCUUACAAUCAUGGGAUGGUGGCUGGAACAUCAAGUAACGAACAACCGAGAGAACUGCUGGACUUGUCGGCUGCUGGCCAGCUGAGCAAAAUGAUGAGCUUACCAUCUGACUCUAGUCAACAGACUACGUGUCCAGUAGAAACGAUCGUCAGCGAUGUGAAAGAAUGCCCCGUUGUUCCAGAAACAAGAAUCCAAUCGAAUAAUUUAACUCCAGGACAAGAAGAGCCCGUUUCCUUGGAGAUUGUAAGGUUUCUCCACAAUUCGGGCGUUCAUCGGAUCCACUUGUUACGUCUACCAGAAUAAAAAAAAAAAACAAUUACGGUUAAAUCCCCGAAUUCAAAGAAAAAAUCUGUUUUAAUACA